AUAAAAAUAAAUCGCGCAGGAUCGCGCAGCGCUGGAGGGGCACGGCAGGGAGGACAAGGAGAAAUCCGCGCCGCUGGAAUCCCGAGCUCGCCUCCUCCUCCUGCUUCCCUGCGCGAGGCUGGAUGCUGGAAGCAGCCCCUUGGAUAUGGGAUCAUAUCUGGUGUAUCCCAGCCUGGGUUUGAUCCUCUGCUGCUCCGUGCUCAGCUCCGUUUACGCGCUGGUGGAUGCCGACGAUGUCAUCACCAAGGAGGAGCAGAUCUUCCUGCUGCUGAAGGCCAAGGCCAAGUGCGAGCGCCACCUGAAAGCCAAGGCGCCCAAGGUGCACGAUGGCUUCUGCCUGCCGGAGUGGGACGGCAUCGUGUGCUGGCCCGAGGGCGUGCCCGGCAAGGUGGUGGCCAUGCCCUGCCCUGAGUACAUCUACGACUUCAACCACAAAGGCCACGCUUAUCGCCGGUGUGACCUGAACGGGAGCUGGGAGCUGGUCCCGGGCAACAACCGCACCUGGGCCAACUACAGCGAGUGUGCCAAGUUCCUCACCAACGAGACCAGGGAAAGGGAGGUCUUUGAUCGCCUCUAUUUGAUUUAUACUGUUGGAUACUCCAUCUCCCUGGGAUCCCUCACAGUUGCUGUCCUUAUCCUGGGAUACUUCAGACGUUUGCACUGCACUAGGAACUACAUCCACAUGCACCUGUUUGUGUCCUUCAUGCUGAGAGCCGUCAGCAUCUUCGUGAAGGACGCAGUCCUGUACUCGGGCUCGGCACUGGAGGAGAUGGAGCGAAUCUCCGAGGAGGACUUGAAAUCCAUCACAGAAGCACCUCCCGCAGAUAAAUCACAGUUUGUGGGCUGUAAAGUAGCUGUCACCUUCUUCCUCUACUUCCUGGCCACCAAUUACUACUGGAUCCUGGUGGAAGGGCUCUAUCUCCACAGCCUCAUCUUCAUGGCAUUUUUCUCAGAGAAGAAAUAUCUUUGGGGAUUCACAUUAUUUGGCUGGGGACUCCCUGCUGUGUUUGUCACAGUGUGGGCCAGCGUCAGAGCCACUCUGGCCGACACAGAGUGUUGGGACUUGAGUGCUGGCAAUUUGAAGUGGAUUAUUCAGGUGCCCAUCCUGGCAGCUAUCGUGGUAAAUUUUAUUCUCUUUAUCAAUAUUAUCAGAGUCCUCGCAACCAAGCUCCGAGAGACGAAUGCAGGGAGGUGCGACUCGAGACAACAGUACAGGAAGCUGCUGAAAUCUACCCUCGUCCUUAUGCCUCUGUUUGGCGUUCACUAUAUUGUUUUCAUGGCUAUGCCAUACACAGACGUGUCAGGGAUUCUUUGGCAAGUUCAAAUGCACUAUGAAAUGCUGUUCAACUCUUUCCAGGGAUUUUUUGUUGCCAUCAUAUACUGUUUUUGCAAUGGAGAGGUCCAAGCAGAAAUCAAGAAGUCAUGGAGCAGGUGGACUUUGGCGCUCGACUUCAAAAGGAAAGCACGGAGUGGGAGCACGACCUACAGUUACGGACCAAUGGUUUCCCACACCAGCAUCACAAAUGUAGCCACGAGGGGGGCGCUUGCCCUGCACCUCAACACGAGACUGAUCCCAGGGACCCUCAACGGGCACCGCAACCUGCCAGGCUACGUCAAGAACGGCUCCAUCUCGGAGAAUUCCGUGCCCUCCUCCGGCCCCGAGCAGUACAACAAAGACGAGGAGUACCUGAACGGCUCCGGGCUCUACGACGGAGACAGACCCACGGCGCUGGUGGAAGAGGAGAGAGAGACAGUGAUGUAAAGAGGGGGAAAAGGAGGCAAAAAAAAACCCCAAAAAAACCAACAAAUCGGCCAAAGGAUGAAAAAGGUUCCUGGAGAGCAUUUAGUGGGAAAAGACCCGGCGGAUUCAAAGGGUUUCCAUGCAGUUUCUUUGCUCUGUGGAAUGAGAGAUUAAGUUAUUUGGGAGAGGAGGGAAAAAAAAAAAAAAAAAAAAAAACAAGUGAGCCACCAACGUGGCUGGUGGGUGAUCCCGUCCAUGAAUAACAGAUAACAGAGCUCUCCAGACCUGCUGGACACCAGAGAUGCUGGGGGCUCGCCAGGAAGGGCUGCAAAGCCCAGCGUGGUCCUUGGAUCCCUUGGAGAGCGUGGGCGGCCAAGGAGGAUGGGAAUGUCCCCCAGGAAAGCAAGAGGGAGCAGGGAGGGUGUGGUGCCACCGUCCUGGGAGGGGACAAGCCACCCUGGGGGUCAGUGGCUUGGGUUUGGUUUGUUCUCUGCCUGUGGAUCUGCCUGGUGACACGCACAGGGCUGGGAAAGGCCCCUGAUCUGUUGGGUACGACCAGUCCCCGGUUCUUCUUCCCUUGGGAAUUGUCACUCCUUGGCAAAAUGCUCCUCUGGGGUGGGGAGGGUGAGCAGCUCGUGGGUGCAGGCAGGGAUUGUCCUCUCCUUUCCCUGAGUCCUGGGAGCAAGGCAGGAACAGUUUUAGGGUGGGAUGUGGCUAAUGGAAUGUGCAGCAUUCCCGUUCUUCCAGAGGGGUGGCGGAGAGGGAACCACCAAGGGCACAGAAUUUGCACAUCCCAGGGGGUGCUUGUGGCUAAAAUCAGUGCCCAGGGUGGACAACUCAGCCCUCCCUUUGUGUGGGUGCUCCUGGAAAGCUGCUUCAAACUGGGAAUUGUUCCUCACUCUGCGCUCUGAACGUCCCGUUCCACAGGGUCGUGGAAUUCUGGAGUGGGUUGGGUUGGAAGGGACCUUAAAGGUCACCUCACUCCAACCCCUGCCAUGAGCAGGGACACCUCCUACUGUCCCAGGGUGCUCCAAGCCCUGCCCAGUCCAGCCUUGGACACUGCCAGGGAUGUCUCUCUGAACAAUUAAUCCAAACCCUAAUGAGGAGCAAGACUCCACCAGCAGCAACCAGCUGUUCUUCUGAGGGCUAAUUAAGGAUUAAUUUCCUCAGACUCCGAAGGAGGUCAGGAAGAGCAGGUGGGAUCCUGACUUUGUGUCCCACACCUUUAUCACCCUCUCAGGCCAAAUCCCAGUGGAAUCCAGGGAAAAAUCUCCUCCCUUUGGCAUGGCUGAGGUUUGGGUUCCAACCCGGUGGGGGAUGUGGUGGCUGUGAGGUUCUGGCAGGAGCUGGAGCUCCUCUCCAUCUAUUGCAGGGCACAGAAUCCCUGAGGCCAAUAUUUAUUUGUGAUGUUCUUUUCUUGUUUCACCUCGUCAAAAGAAGUCAAACCUCAUCGUAACCAUUUCCCACCAAACAAGAGUAAUCAAAAUAUCAACUUUUCAAUAAUUAAUCCAUUUUCCUGCUCUCUUCUUCUACCCCUCCUGAUUUUCUGGCUCGAAGACAUUUCUGAGUUAUCAUUUCACUGCUGGAGCAAAUCAAAAAUACCAAAAAAAACCCCAGCCAGUGACUCACUCUUUGCUUGUGUUUAUUACUCAAGACUGAGAACAUUGGACAGUCCCUCAGAAAUUCAAGGAAUCAGCAAAAGCCAUAAAUUUAUUUAUAAACAAACAUAACCCCCCCUCCUAAAACUCAGCUCUCACUGAAAUGAAUUCAACACUGGAUUAAUUUAGGAUUGAAAUAAAUCAAACCUGUUGCUAAAUGUAGAUAUUAAAUUUCAGGCAUUGGGGUUGUGGAGAGGGAUUUUUUUUUUUUAAAUCCUUUGAAUUGCAAAUCAUAGAUAGAUUUUUUUUCUUUCCUGGAUGUUCCUGUGCAUGAGCAACAUUCCAUGCAAAAAUUGGGAUAAUGCUGACUCCAACACAGAGGGAAAACUGCUGCUAAGGCCCAGCAGGAUCUGUUUGCCUCAGUGUUCCCAUCAUCCCUGGGCUGAUCCCAAAUUCUUGAUAGAGGGUAUGGGUCAGGAUCUGGUAUCAGGGUCAUCUCUGGAUUUUAGUGAGGAAGAAUCAGAGCUGGGAUGUCUGGGACGAGAGGAGAAGCCCCAAUUUUGGGUUGGGAUUUGCCCUGGAAGGACAAAGAGAAUGAUCCAGUUGGAGCUUAGCCAGAGCCUCUGGAUUCAGAGCAGGACUGAGGACAUUUCCCAAGGAGUUUGUCCCCAGAGGUCUGAGUCCACCUGGAAUGACAGUUCCUCUCCUGUGGGAUUUUCCUGUGGAAACACAGCCCCAAGGGCCACAGGAAACACAAAGCUUGGAAGGGAUUGUUCAGGAUUCCUCCACAAAUCCUGCAGGAAUGGCAGGGCUUGUGCCCAUCCUGCCUCAGAUCCAGCAUGGGAUAGCAUGGAACUGUUGUCAUGGAAUUGUGAUCAUGGAAUUGUGACCAUGGAAUUGUGAUCAUGGAAUCAUCCCAGAAUGAGCUGGCUUGGAAAGGACCUUAAAGCCCAUCUCAUUCCAUGGGCAGGGACACCUUCCACUAUCCCAGGUUGCUCCAAACCCUUUCCACCUUGGAAAAACAGCCAAGAAACUUUCCCAAGUUCACUUCAAGGAGGAG